CCGGUGCGUUAAAGAAUCCACGAGUGAUUAACAGAUGUCUACUUAUCAUGUGAAUAACUGAUACUUAUAAAUUGUAACAAAUUAAAUUUUUUUUUAAUUAACAAUGGUGAGAGAUAAUUACAUGGAUAACCCUUGUUAAUUCUUAAAUAGGAAAUCGGUAUAUAUUAGAUUGGGCACAUGAGUAAUUAUUAUGUCGUACAACAUGUUACAAACGCAACUACUUAAAUUUUUUUUUUUUUUAAAAAAAAAAAAAAAAAAAAUGUCCAAACUAAAUGGAGAUGUACUUAAUUUAAUAUUUAAAGUAUUUCAUUCUGAUAAUAAAACCCUUUAUUCAUGUCUUUUAGUUAAUAAAACCUGGUGUGAAGUAGUUAUUCCGUUUUUAUGGAAAGAUCCUUGGAAAGAUUUAAUAGGAGAAAACGAAAAUUUAUUAUUAAACGUAAUCAUCUCACAUUUAUCAGAUGAAUUAAUAAAUAAUUUAAAAAGUCAAGGAGUCGAUUUUUUAACAAAUUCAUAUACUAAACCUUUAUUUAAUUAUAUUAGUUUUUGUAAGCACUUAAAUUUAAAUGUAAUCGAAAGAAUGAUUAAUGCGAACAUUUUCAUCGAAACUUCAACCGUUAAAAAUGAAGUUAUCAAUCUUUUUAUUAAUGAAAAUACAAAAUUUACACACCUUUAUAUACCUCAUAAAUUUAAUUAUCAAAUACAUCUUAUUCCUGGAACCGAUCAUUGCUUUUCAGAACUUGAAUUUCUCAGUUGUAAUACUUGUAUCACUGAUAAUGCUUUGAAUGGAUUAACAGAAAUAUGCAAAUCAAUUAAAGUAUUGGAACUUAUUGAAGUAGUUAAAAGCAACUAUGGAAUUGUUAAAUUAAUAGAAGCUCCAAAAAGAUUAUUUACUAUUCGUCUUAUAACAGAGAACUGUAGGGUCGAUGAGCCAUUUUAUAAAAUUCUUGAAAAUUCUUUUACUAAGCAUGCAAAUUUUAUACAAGAUUUUAUAACGAAUAAAAGUUCUAUUUCAAAUAUUCUUUCAUCUUUUGUAAAUUUAAAAAGAUUAGAAUUGAGAUGUAAUAACUUUACGACUGUAGCCACAUGGGAUUGUUUAAAAGAUUUGUCCUUACCUUUCUUACAAACUUUAAAAGCUAUAAAAAUUCCUUUCGAUGUUUUAGCUAGUUUAAUUGAUAAUACAAAUGGAUAUCUUAAUGAAAUAAGCAUUAGUUAUGUGCAUAAUGAUGAGUUUAGUAAUAAGAGAAUUAUUCAGGCUAUUUAUAAAAAUUGUCCAAACCUUAAAUAUCUUAAAUUAUUGUUUAGGAGUAGUAAUAUUUUGGAAUUAGAAAAUUUAUUGACAAGGUGUCAAUAUUUAGAUGGAUUAUUUUUAAUUACUGAUAUGUAUUUAUAUAACGAUUAUAUACUAUUUGAAAACUUAUUUGAAGUAUUGGCUAGAUCAUCACCAACUAAUUUAUUUAAAUUUAAAAUCUAUAUUAAUAAAACACCAAAGUUGGAAUCAUUAAAAUUGUUCUUUGAUAAUUGGAAAGGUAGACACCCUAUGUUAUUACAAACCAUUCAAUAUAAUAAGCAUUGGGAUGAACCUUUUGAUUUGAUAGAAAAAUAUAAAGUAGAAGGAAUUAUUAAAAAAUAUGAUCAUGUUUUGAAUGAAUCUAUUUUUGAAGAUUUUAAGUGGAUUGAACAAAAAUUUUAAUCAUUUAUAAUUAUAUAUAUGAAAAUUUUUUAAUUAAUACUAAAUUUUAUUAGGCAUAAAUAAAC